GUGGGGACCGAGCGGAGCGGAGCGGGCGGCCUCCGGUGACAUUUUCUCCGGGCGAGCGAGCGGAGGGACGCGGGGCCGGGGCUGCUGCGGGGACGCCGCCUCCGCGCGGGCCAGGUUGCUUUCUUGCUGCCUCUUUGACGUAGAUUCUACUAGACUCUGCUCCAUGAUUUAACUUGAACGUCUGAAAUGAAGAUGGAGGAGGCAGUGGGAAAAGUGGAAGAACUCAUUGAGUCUGAGGUCCCAUCGAAAACAGCUGAGCAGGAGCCAGCCAAGGAGGGAGAUGGUCCCACAACACUGGAGUCUCAGGGGCAGAAAGAUGGAGUAGUGGAUUCUUCUGUGCUUUCUUCCAUGCCCUGCUUGUUAAUGGAACUGAGGAGGGACUCCUCCGAGUCUCAGCUCGCAUCCACGGAGAGUGACAAGCCGACAGCUGGCCAAGUCUACGAGAGUGACUCCUCUAACCACUGUAUGCUUUCCCCAUCCUCCAGCGGUCACUUGGCCGACUCGGAUACUUUGUCUUCUGCAGAGGAGAAUGAGCCUUCCCAAGUGGAAACUGCAGUGGAAGGAGACCCAUCAGCAGGGCCUGGCGCGACCGUCGGGCGAAAGUCUCGGCGGUCCCGAUCCGAGAGCGAAACGUCCACCAUGGCUGCCAAGAAGAACCGGCAAUCGAGUGACAAGCAGAACGGGCGCGUCCCCAAGGUGAAAGGGCACCGGAGCCAGAAGCACAAGGAGAGGAUCAGGCUACUGAGACAGAAGCGGGAGGCCGCUGCACGCAAGAAGUACAACCUGUUGCAGGACAGUAGUACCAGUGACAGUGACCUGACGUGCGACUCAAGCACGAGCUCAUCAGAUGAGGACGAAGAGGUUUCAGGGAGCAGCAAGACAAUCACUGCAGAGAUACCAGAUGGACCUCCAGUUGUAGCUCAUUAUGAUAUGUCUGACACCAGCUCUGACCCAGAAGUGGUAAAUGUGGACAAUUUAUUGGCGGCUGCAGUAGUUCGAGAGCACAGUAUUUCUGUAGGCGGCCAGGACACAGGAGCUACCUGGAGGACCUGCGGGCUUCUAGAGGAGCUGAAGGCGGAGGCAGGUCAUUUGGAUCCAGGAUUCCUAGCAAGUGACAAAACAUCUGCUGGCAACGCACCUCUCAAUGAAGAGAUUAAUCUUGCUUCCUCAGAUAGUGAAGUGGAGAUUGUGGGGGUUCAGGAACAUGCACGGUGUGUCCAUCCUCGCGGAGGUGUGAUCCAGAGCGUCUCCUCGUGGAAGCAUGGCUCAGGCCCGCCAUAUGUGAGCAGCCGGCAAACACAGUCAUGGACUGCCGUCACCCCACAGCAGACUUGGGCCUCACCCACUGAGGUGGUUGACCUGACCUUGGAUGAGGAUAGCAGGCGGAAAUACCUGCUGUGAAAGCACCAUGGGCCUCUGCACUGCUCCUUCCCACCUCACCUCCUCUUCCUGACAUGGAAGCUCAUUGUCCUCCAGCUUCAGCCUCAGAAGCUGUGUGUGGCAUUUGUAUAAUUGAAACUCAUGGAAAAUUCCCUCCUCCCAUUUUUGUUUGUUUGUUUGUUUGUGUUUGUUUGUUUUUUUAACUAAAAGAAGUCAUUUAGGAAAGUAACUUAUCACAGAGAAAUUUUCUUGUUUUCCUCAGUAGGUAUAUGAGAAUGAUCAGUUUCAUUAGGCAACUUCAUUUUACUUGGUAAGCUUAGGAAAAUUUUGCCUCCCUUUUAGGCUGUUUUAAUCACCAGGUAAAAUGAACUUCACUUUUUGAACCUUGUAUUUAUUUUUUCUGUGUAAUAACAUAAAAAUCUAGACUUGACCACUGUCAGCCCACCCAUUGGCACUCCCACCUUAGGGCAUUUGCACACACAUUAGUUAGGUCCUUAGGGCACUGAGUAGGGCAUGUGCAUUUGAAAACCUGUCCUUAAAAAUAGAAGACAGAAGUCUUACUGUUUCUAAAAGCUUCAGUCUUCUGCCUUUCUAGACUUUGCCCCUGGCUGACUUCCUAUGGCACAGAUAACUGACAUGUCUCUUUGUGUGUCUGAAUAUUGCUAAGGGCGCUAAGUUGGUCUCUUUGUUGCAAUAAUUUCUGACUAUCUGGAAACUGUCUUUGACUUGAUACCCACCCACCAUGAGACUUUCUGGGCAGUCAGAAGAGAGUACUAAGAGAUCAAUAGGAAAUCUUUUUUCUCCCUCACCUUUUUUUUUUUCCUGGUUGACUCAAAUAAUGGGAAAAACACUGCUAGGCUAGUUGACAGAGGCAGUGGACACUUGUAAGCUUGAGAAUAAAAAGGCUCCUUUCCCCAGCUGGUCUUUCCUUCAGGACCUACCACUGUUGAAUGCUGAGAUAGCAUUUCACAAUGAUGCUCUGUGUGGCUUUGUCCCCCAACUCCCUUCUACUUUCUAAAGUAGAAAACUUUAAAUUGACCACCAGAGACCACAUGCAAAACACAUUCUGGGUCCUGGAGGCUUUGGGGUAUUUGAAAGGAAUGGCAGAGGGUUAUAAGGGCCUCAGGGGGUUCAGGAAACGCCACUGAUUAACUUGGUGGCAAGAGUUACUCCCUCCCCCUGUAACAUGUUAGAGUCACUGGUGAAUCAUUUUACAAGCAAUACCUAGAGUUACAGUACUACAGUACUAUGUACUGUGCACCAGGAGUGCAGUGAGAGCAGCUCAGAAGACCUUGCCUUUGGUUUCUGCUGUGGCUUCUGUUGGCUUCUUCGUCCUUUGUUCUUGUCUCUGUUUUUACCAGAUCUCACUGGUCUCGUCCUUUGCCUGCCUUCCUAACUAUCCCAAAUACCUUGGUAGCGCUUCCUUCCCAGGACAACAUGAGAACUGCCACGUCUUCGGUUCUCAUCCAGUGGACACACAUUUAACCAAGUGCCUGUUCUGCAUCUGGCACUGUGCGGGGUGGGUGCUGCUGAUCUGGAUGGGACACCCCCCGCGUGCACCUGCCUGCCCUUCUCUCUGCUUCCGUUCUCUCGGCCCGAUACCUCUGCUCUUCGAGGAUGCAUUUAAGCUAGUGUUUGUUUUUUGAGCUUCUCUGCAAGCAUCCCAUCUGAUGUGGCCUCUCUUCUUCUCCUUUUUUUUUUUCUUCUUCCAACUUUUCCUCUUCCUGCCAGUCUACUUUUAAUAGAUCAGGCUUUCAAAAGCUCAUGAGCCUCCAGUUUUAGCACCUCCGAUAGCAAGUAUCUCACGUGGCCAUGAUUCUAGACAAAAACCAAAGACCCAGAGGCCGGAGCCAGCGAGGACCUUUGGCAGAGUCACUGCAGGUGACCUCGGGCCUUCGCAUUUUUUUUUAGGAUUAAUUUAUUGACUCUCACUGUUACACAUUGUUUUUGACUUGAAUGAAAAUAGUAGACAAAGCAGAAAUGUCCAAUUUCUGGUCUGUGUUUUCCAGGAAAAACAUUUAGAAAAGAAUAGUGAACUCUAUGACUUGAAGUGUUUGCAGCUUAUUUUUCUCUCCCUGGAAUCAGGGUGGAGCCCCCUUUGCAGAAUGUUUUUACAUUCUCUGUUCUUACGUUAAUAGUAUGUUUGUCCAAUUUCAUACAGUUGGUGGUUUCCCAGGGCAGAUUUUCUUUAGUUCCUGAAAGCUCACUUUGAAGGAGAACUCUUUGGGUCUGCUGUGUGUCCUGUGGACUGGGAGCAGGGCAGAGUUUGUAAUCAAAACUUUUCUGGCCUUUUCCUUCAAUGCCAGGUUGUACCUCACCAUCACCUAUUGGCGCUCGCCUCUCCCUGACCACCUGACGCACCAAAACAGAUUUAGAAAUGAAGAUGCCAAAAGGGGCAGGGCCGGGAUGGCAAGGUCAUUCCUCUGUGAGGUUGAGCUCUGCCACCGACCUGCUUCCACUCUUCCUUCCUUGCUAGAUUCAGAAGAGUAGAGCAUUUAUCUGACAGAUGUGGAAGAUAAAAAGUCCUGUGGUAAACAUCUGCUGUGACAUUUGGAAUUUUCUGCUAAAAGGAUCUUUUUUU